CUGCCCCCUCCUGUCCCUGAGCAGUGGGGGGAAGGGGGAAGGAUGGCUUAAAUGGGUUACAAAGCUCUCCUGGGCUCUUAGCAUGUGUUCCUAGCUGCCUGAGACAUGGCCAGGUGACCACAGGAUGAAGGUAGGUGCUGGUGUGUUUGACCCUUUGGGCACUUUGGAGCAAGCAGAGGAGGUGGAAAAGGGGUGGUGAGCUAAGCCCUGAGGCUGCCCCCAGCAUGCUGCUACUGAGGCCUGUUGGGGGCAAAGGACUUCUUUGGAGGUACAAAGAAUCCGGAGGUUGUUCCACCUACACUGUCUGAGAACCUGCUCUGUGCCUGGCUCUUCAGGGGAAACUGAGGCCCUGAGAGGGCAGUGACUGGGCCAGGGUGCCUUGCCUACAUGAUAGAGGCUAAGCAGGGAGAUGGCAGGACUCCAGCUCCUGAACCCCACCAGCCCCCUGUUCGGGACUGCAGGAUGACAGGAGAAGAGAGAGGAAGUCCUGUGUGUCUGAACUCAAAAGACAGCCCAGACAUAGGAUGUGAGGAGGGCGUGUUGUGGAAUGGUAUCCACAGUGCGAUCCCGUCUUUGUGACCUUUAAAUCAAAGACCAAACUCCACAUGAGUGAGUAUAACCUUUGGAGUGUGUGCUUAGAUCUGUGUGUUUGUAGAAGCAGAGACAAACCCGGAAGGCAGAGACCAAGCUGUUACCAGAGAUAAGGACGCCUGUGAGGGUAGAAUAGACUUUCGUUAAGAGAUAUGGCUGCUAACCAAAAGGUCGGCGGUUUAAAUCCACCAGAGGCUCCUUGGAAACUCUACGGGGGCAGUUCUACUCUGUCCUAUAGGGUCGCUAUGCGUUGGAAUCGACACGACGGCAGUGGGUUUGGUUUUGGUUGCGUAGAGUCUACUAUGAGUAUUGCCAGUGUUUUCUCUUAGUUUAUUGUAUUCUGGUUUUGUUUAUGGUAUCCUUUGCAAUUUUUAUUUUGAAGAGCUCAGAUCUGUCACACUUUCCGUUUAUGGCUUGUGGGAUUUGUGCCUUGAUGAGAAAUGUUUUCCCAACUCAACAUUAUUUUUAUUGUUUCUUCCAGUACAUUUGUAAGCUUUUUCUUUCUGGUUUAUGUUUCAAUCUUGAAUCCCUUUAAUUCUUUCUAGUAGAAGGUUUUUUUUUUUUUUUUUUAAUAUAAGACAUAUUUAGUGAGCACCUACUGGAACCAAAAAGGAACAAGACUUGUUUCAUGCCUUCAAAGGAGCCUCCAGUGCAGUAGGAAAGGAUUUCCACCCUCUCCCUCAAAAAGUUCCUGCAAGCAAUUAGUGAAGGAGAAUGGAAUGAGACUGAAGGGGCCCAAGUCCCCACCUGGACCUGGGCUCUAAGGCUUCAGUGAGGCUUUGGAAUAUUUGAAUAUUCAAAUUUUAGCUGAGACCCCUGUCUUUCCACAAUUCUCUCUUCCUCCUGAUAUAAAAAUAUUACGGCUGGAGGAAGGAGACACAAGGAAACAAAUGAAAAAACACUCAGAAAAAAAUGUCGUCUGUUGUUGGUUGCCAGGGAGUUGAUUCUGAGUUAUAGUGACUCAUGAUAGAACUCUAAAAAGUACAUUAGAACGGAAAGGGAAGAGGCCCUGGAUAAGUAAAGCACUACUGAAGAAGAAGUGUAAAGUAGGAGGACUCGCACUGCCUGACCUCGGCUGACUACUCUAUAGCUAUGGUAGUCAAAACAGCCUGGUACUGGUACGACGACAGAUACGUUGACCAAUGGAACAGAAUUGAGAACCCAGAUGUAAAUCCACCACUUAAGUCACCUGAUCUUCCACAAGGGCCCAAAGUCCUUCAAAUGGGGAAAAGAUGGUCUUUUUAACAAAUGGUGGUGGCAAAACUGGAUGUCCAUCUGCAAAAAAAAAAAAAAAAAAAAAGGGACUCGUACCUCACACCAUACACAAAAGCAAAUUCAAAAUGGAUCAAAGACCUAAAUAUGAAAUGAAAACUAUAAAGAUCAUAGAAGAAAAAAUAGGAUCAAUGUCAGAGACCCUAAUACAUGGCAUUAACAGGAUACAAACCAUAACUAACAACACACAAACACCAGAAGAUAAGCUAGAUAAUUGGGAUUUUCUAAAAAUUAAACACUUGUGCUCAUCAAAAGACUUCACCAAAAGAGUACACAGAGAACCUACAAACUGGGAAAAAAUUUGGGGCUAUGGCAAAUCCAACGAAGGUCUAAUCUCUAAAGCCUACAGGAAAAUCCAACACCUCUACAACAAAAAGACAAACAAUCCAACUAAAAAAUGGGCAAGGAAAACGAAGAGACACUUCACCAAAGAAGAUAUUCAAGCGGCUAACAGACACAUUAGGAGAUUCUUGCCAUCACUAGCCAUUAGAGAAAUGCAAAUUGAAACCACAAUGAGAUCCCAUCUUACUCUGGCAUUACUGGCACGAAUCAAAACAACAGAAAAUAACAAAUUUUGGAGAGGCUGUGGGGAGAUUGGAACUCUUAUGCACUGCUGGUGGGCAUGUAAAAUGGUACAACUAUUUUGGAAAACCAUAUAUGGUGCUUCCUUAGAAAGCUAGAAAUAGAAAUACCAUAUGAUCCAGCAAACCCACUCUUGGGACUAUAUCCUAGAGAAAUAAGAGAUGUCACACGAAUAGAUAUGCACACCCAUGUUCAUUGCAGUAUUGUUCACAAUAGCAAAAAGAUGGUAACAACCCAGAUGCGCAUCAACAGAUGAAUGGAUAAACAAACUAUGGUCCAUACACAAUGAUAAGGAACAAUGAUGAAUCUUCGAAGCAUCUCACAACACGGAUGAAUCUGGAGGGCAUUAUGCUGAGUGAAAUAAGUCAGUCACAAACGGACAAACAUUGUAUGAGACCACUACUAUAAAAACUGAUGAAAAGGUUUACACACAAAAAGAAACAAUCUUUGAUGGUCACGAGGGAGGGGAGAGGUGAGGAUGGAAAAACACUAAAUAGACGACAGAUAAGUGGUAACUUUGGUGAAGGAUAAGACAGUACGCAAUACUGGGGAAGCCAGCAUAACUUGUCCAAGGCAAGGUCACGGAAACUCCAUAGACAUAUCCAAAGUCCCUGAGGGACCAAAUUACUGGGCUGAGGCUGUGGGGACCAUGGUCUUGGGGAACUUCUAGCUCAAUUGGCAUAACAUAGUUUAUAAGGAAAACACUCUACGUUCUACUUUGGUGAGUAGCAUCUGGGGUCUUAAACGCUUGUGAGUGACCAUCUAAGAUAUUCCACUGGUCUCGUCUUGUCUGGAGCAAGGGAGAAUGAAGGAAACCAAAGACACAGGGAAAGAUUAGUCCAAAGGACUAAUGGACCACAAGUACCACAGACUGAGUCCAGCACAGCUCGCUGGUGCCCGGUUACCACCACUGACUGCUCUGACAGGGAUCGCAAUAGAGGGUCCUGGACAGAGCUGGGAAAAAUGUAGAACGAAAUUCUAACUCACAAAAAAAGACUGACAGAGACUGGAGAAACCCAAGAGUAUGGCCCCGGACACCCUUUUAGCUCAGUAGAGAAGUUACUCCAGAGGUUCACUCUUCAGCCAAAAACAAAACAAAACUAAAGGGGCACACCAGCCCAGGGGCAAGGACUAAAACUCAGGAGGGGACAGGAAAGCUUGUAAUAGGGAACCCAAGGUGGAGAAGGGGAGAGUGUUGACAUGUCAUGAGGUUGGUAAUCAAUGUCAUAAAACAAUAUGUGUACUAAGUGCUUAAUGAGAAGCUAGUUUUUUCUGGAAACCUUCAUCUAAAGUACAAUAAUAAGAAGAAAAUAAAAAGUACAUUAGAUCCAGGGGGAAAAUUCAGAACAGAAUUUCAAAUUCUCAUAGAAUCCAUACAUUUAUAGCAAACCACAUCGGGGGCACAGUUGCGGAGUCUUCCUGGUCAUAUCCAAACAACUCACAGGAUUAGUUUACUGGCUGAAGGGCCUUGGGACCAUACUCUCUGUGAACAGUUAGUCAAUGGGCAUAACAUAGUUCCCAAAGAUAAUAUUCUACAACUGAGUUUUGUGGGUAGCAUGUGGGGUUUUAAAAGCUUGUGACCGGCCGGCCACAACUGUUGGUCCUUACUGUAGUGGAGCAAAAGAAUAAGAUGGAAAUCAAAGGUUCAAAGAAGAAACUAAUCCACAGGACUAAUAUCCCAUGUGAACCACAACCUUUUCAAACAGGGGACCAGAAGAACUAGAUGGUGCCUAGCUACCAAUACCUACCAUUCUGAUGAGGAACAGUAUAGAAGGUCCCCAGUAGAAUAGAAUUAAAAAAUAGGACAAAACUCAAAUUCCUUAAAAAGGCCAGAUCUACUGAAUUGAUAGAGACUAGAGAGAGAAACCCCUGAGAGUAUCGCCCUAAGAUAACUUUUGAACUUGGAAUUGCAGCUAUUUCAGUGAGUCACCCUUCAGCGAAAUAAUAGAUUGGCUUAUAAAAUAAACAGUAUCACCCACGAGUAAUGUGCUCCGUUAGACAACAAACUACAUGAGACCAAAUGGUCAACAUUUAGCCAAAAGCAGAGAACCAAGGAGCGUGUCUUAGUUUUCUAGUGCUGCUAUAACAGAAAUACCACAAGUGGAUGGGUUUACCAGAGAGCGACUUACUCUUUCACAGUCUAGAAGGCUAGAAGUCUGAGUUCGUGGUGCUAGUUCCAGGGGAAGCCUUUCUCUCUCUGUUGGCUCUUGGGAAAGGUCCCUGUCAUCAAUAUUCCCCUGCUCUAGGAGCUUCUCAGCACAGGGACCCCAGGUCCAAAGGACAGUGCUCCUGGUUCUACAUUCUUGGUCGUAUGAGGUCCUCCUGUCCCUCUGCUUACUUCUCUCUUUUAUAUCUCAAAAGAGAUUGACUCAAGGUACAACCUUAUCUUUUAGACUGAGUCCUGACUCAUUAACAUAACUGCCAUUCAUCCCACCUCAUCAACAUCGUAGAGGUAGGAUUUACCACAUUAGAUCACAAAAUGGUGGACAAUCACACAAUACCUGGAAUCAUGGACUAACAAUUUGGCACGUAUUUUCAGGGCAACAAUUCAAUCCAUGACAGAGGAGAAGAGAAGCUAGAUCAAUGGAAACAGAACAAACAGAACGAAAAUCUUGACAAUGCUGACACAUUGUAAAAAUUGUAACCAAUGUCAUGGGACGAUUUGUAUAAAAAUUGUUAGCGGGAAACCUAAUUUGCUCUGUAAACUUUCACCUAAAACACAAUAAAAUAUUUUAAUUUUUUUCCUGUAUUUUAUUUUAGUGAGUAGGAUUGUUAGUCUCCUUUGUGGUUACCUUAAUAUUUACCCCUAUUUUUCUAAGUUUAAACCUCACUUUUAUUUCUUUAUAUCACUUUGUCUUCCUCUCCAUAUGAAAGAUCUAUUACUACAUUUCUUAGACCCUCUUUGUUGUUUUAAUGUUGUCUUCUUUUUUUUUCUUUUACGUAAUGCAUCGCUGUUUCCCUAGUUUGAGCGUUUUUUUAAUCUUGAUUUAUUUUUGUGAUUUCCCUAUCUGGGUUGACAUCUGGUUGCUCUGUCCUGUGUUCUAGUCUUGGGUUGAUUUCUGAUAUUAUUGAUUUUCUAACCAGAGAACUCCCUUUAGUAUUUCUUAGAGUUUUGGUUUGGUUUUUAUGAAUUCCCUAAACUUCUGUUUAUCUGGAAAUGUCCUAAUUUAGCCUUCAUAUUUGAGAGACAGUAUUGCUGGAUAUAUGAUUCUUGGCUUGCAAUUUUUUUCCUUCAAUGCAUUAUGUAAGUCAUCCUGUUGCCUUCUUGCUUGCAAGGUUUCUGCUGAGUAGUCUGAACUUAUUCUUAUUGACUGUCCUUUGUAGGUGACUUUUUGUUUAACCCUAGCUGCUCUUAAAAUUCUCUAUCUUUGGUUUUGGCAAGUUUCAUUAUAAUAUGUCUUGGUGACUUUCUUUUUAAAAUCUACCUUACGUGGAGUUUGGUGAGCAUCUUGGAUAGAUAUCUUCUCAUCUUUCAUGAUAUCAGGGAAAUUUUCUGCCAACAAAUCUUUAACAAUUCUCUAUUUUCUAUUAUCCCUCCCUGUUCUGGUACUCCAAUCACUCAUAGGUUAUUUCUCUUGAUAGAGUCCCACAUGAUUCUUAAGGUUUCUUCAUUUUUUUAAAUUCUUUUAUCUGAUUUUUCCUCAAAUAUAUUGGUGCCAACUGCUUUGUCUUCAAUCUCCCCAGUUCUGCCUUCUACUUGCUCAAUCCUGCUCCUCUGACUUUCUAUUGAGUUGUCUAAUUCUGUAAUUUUGUUGUUAAUCUUCUGAAUUUCUGAUUGCUGUCUCUUUAUGGAUUCUUGCAGCUUAUUAAAUUUUUCAUUAUGUUCUUGAAUAACCCUUUAAAUUUCUUCAAUUGCUUUAUCUUUGAGUUUCUUGGAUUGUUCUGCAUAUUGCCUGAUCUUCUUCUUGAUCUCGUUCCUGAUGUCUUGAAGAGUUCUGUAUAUUAAUCUUUUGUAUUCUGCAUCUGGUAAUUCCAGGAAGACAUCUUCAUCCAGAAGAUCUCUUGACUCUUUGUUUUGAGAGCUUGUUGAAGUGAUCAUUGUCUGCUUCUUUAUGUCAUUGGAUAUUGACUGUUUUCUCUGAGCCAUCUAUAAGUUAUUAGUUUAUUUUGUUUGCUUACUGUAUCCUAGCUUCUUGCUUGGUUUUGUUUUGAUAUGCCCAAAUAGGCUGCUUGAGUGAGCUAGUUUGAUUACUUUUGACUUUGAAGCUCUAACGUCCUGUCACCAGAAGGCUAGAGCUAUUAUCAGGUAUAUGAACCUAGGAGUCCAUUCACUUUUCUUGUAUGGAAUCAGCUCAGAUGUCCAGGUAGUUGGUCAGUAAGUGUGUGGUACAGGCUAUGUUGUACAGUCUUAGAGGGGCAAGGUGAUUGGUGUAGGCACAGGUAUCUGGUAGCAGCAGGCAGUCACAGUGUGAACAAGGCAGGGUCAGACAACUGUCCCCCGAGUGUCUGUGAGGAAAGUGAGUCCCUGUUCCCUAUAGCGCACAGGUAGGUGGGUUCUGCAGAUGGGCCGUGGGCACCCAAUGAUUUUGGUUGUAAGGACUGGGAGGCAUCACUCAUCCUUGGACCCCUGUCGCAGGUGGCUAGGUGAUGUGGGUGGAGCCACCGGUCCUAAGGCCCCUGAUGGGGGUAGGUGAGAACCCUUUUUAAUAGGAAAAGUGGUGUCAAACAUCAAACACCCCUCUCUCCACUGCACAGCUGAAACAGUUGCAGUCUGCCAACAAGGGCCUAUUCCCCUGAAAUAGGCCCACCCAGGUCCAUGCAGGGGGAAAAGUACUCAAAGACCAUGGACUGUUUAUGUCUGGGCAGGAGCCGCUUCUGUCCUGAGCUCCCCAACUUAGUGGAUCUGGCAGAUUAUCUUUUUCUCCCAGUUGUGAAUUUAUUCCUUCUCCAAGGCCGGCAGAAUGGCUCAGGACGCUCAGCAGGCCCCAUCUCAGGCCCAGGGAAAUCAACAGCCACUGAAGCUGGUUUGGGAGCUGGAGGCGUGGUAAAAUACACACAAGUAUUUAGCUUUUGCUGAGAGCGUCGUUCUUCUUUGGUUCCAGAGGUUUGAGAAGGCUGUGUGUCUGGCUGUUUCCCCCUGAGGAAACUGAGUCCAAAACGCUACCACCAGCCCUGCCGUGGUUGGUUCAGGGAAUGGUGCCUGAGAGUUCCCUGCACUUCAGGGCCAGCAACUUCUCUCUGUUUCUAAGCUGUCUCUCCCUCCCCCUGCCACCCAGUCCAUUUUCGAACUUUACCUUUGAUGUUCAGGGCUCCUAGCUUGUCCUAAAUAUAAUCAUUUCACUUGUUUUUCCAGGUCUUUGUUGUAAGAGGGAUCACUGGAAGCAUCUGACUACUCCACCAUCUUGGCUCCGCCUCACAAAAAAAAAUAAAAAAAAAAAAUUUCUCAGGGAAUCCAGAUUUUCUGGAGCCAUGGAGGCUGGACAAACCAAAAAUAUUUCCCUGAGAAAAUCUUUAAAUCUUAAACCAAAAAUAUCCCCUCGACUAUUCUUAAAAGCAUACAAUAGUUCAGCUUAACUAGUACAGGUUCUCCUCCUUGAGCACUGUGCUCUUUUAAGAUCUAUGUGUAUGGGAUCAAACUGAUAAGAGCAACUUGAAAGAUUAAAUAGGAAACUGAGGGGGCAGUGAGUUUAUGUCAAUGGGGGAGGAACAACUCAGAAAAGCAGAGCAAGAAUGUAAUCAGCGUCACUGAAUUGUACAUGUAGAACCAGUGGAUUGGUGUAUGUUUUGCUGUAUAUAUUCUCAGUAAAAACAACAAAAAUAUUUUAUAAAAAAAGAAUACAUUACAUCAGUGUAUAAAAAAAGUACAUUAGAUCAGUGAGGUGAGGUAAUUUGUAUGGAUUCUGAGUCAUAGUCUUACCUGUUCUCUGACAGAAAUAUCUUGUCAAGAUAGAAAAGGAAAACCAUUGGAAUUAAUCCACAGUGAGUCACACUGGGGUUGCGCUGUGUCGUGGAGAGGCUGUCUGCUUUUGUGUCCAAGUAAUGCCUCCCAUGGAACCUCUGGGUGGUGCAAACAGCCAACAAUCUUGGCUGAUAACCAAAAGGUCGGAGAUUCGAGUCCAUCCAGAGGUGCUUUGGAAGAAGGGCCUGGUGAUCUACUUCUGAAAAGCCAGCCAUUGAAAACCUUAUGGAGCACAGUUCUACUCUGAAACACAUGGGGUCAUGAUGAGUCAGAGUCAACUUGAUGGAGGAAACUAGUUAAUGCCUCCCAUCCAUCUGAUUUUACCCAGGUAAUGGUUUUUUUUUUUUUACCUCGGUAGACACCGGCACAGGAGGGUGCAGCAGAAAAUACAGCAGGCCCUGUUCUGGGAUGCUCAGAGUUGAAUGGAGGAGAUUGUCGCCUCCAGAACCAUUACACAGAUAGGACUACAACCAGGAGAGUACCAUACGCAGUGGGAACAGGGCUGGGGAAAGCCAGCAGGGAAGGAGGUGCUUUUGUGCUGUCCCUCUAAGACUGGGUGAGCUUCCACAUGGCAGGAAAGGUGAUGAAGGCGUUCGAGGUGGAGGAAACAGCAGGAGCAAAGGCAUCUACGGGUGCAAGGAGGUGGGGAGUCCUUGAAUGUGACUGUUGGCAGGCAUAGGUGGAAUCAGGGAGUGGUGAGUGAUAAGGUGGGGAAGAGAGGAGGUGGAACAGGUCAGGAGGGCCUGUGGCCAGGCUAAUGAGUUUAUACUUGGUCCCGUCAUUGUUCUUAGGUGCUGACAACUCAAUUAUGACUCAUAGUGACCCAAUAUGACAAAGUAGAGCUGCCCUAAAUGGUUUUCUAGGCAGUAAUCUUUACGAGAGCAGAUUGUCAGGUCUUUUCUCCCCUGGUAUAGUUGGUGGGUUCAAACUAUAGCCCAGUGCUUAACUGUUGCACCACCAGGGUUCCUUGAACUUGGUCCUGGGAGGUCAUUAAAGAUUACUUGGCAGGAACACACUAUCUUAACCUCUUUACCCUGCCUGAGGAACAUGACCUCCAGACAUCUGGUGGGAGAUGCUUCGCUGAGAACCUCUGCUCUGUGGCAUCUGCGGAUGUGAAUCUCUGACACACAUGGAAUCUGAGUAUCUUCUCCUUGUAACCCAGCAGGACUUACUGACUUGGCUUGGGAGGGCAGAGGGAGCUGGAAUGAGGCUGACUAACUUACUUUAAAUAGCACCUGGCUGAGCCCUGUAGACAAACACUUGUGGUCAAUUCGGUUUUACUUCUACACUUGCUGCCAUCCCAAAGGAAAUCGCUGGAGACUUGGCCCCUCACUGGUCCCUGUUGCCAAGGCUGGCUCACAUUCCAUCCUUUAAGUUGUUUUCUCCUCCCCAAGGGUAAAGCGAAGCCUCCUUCCAGCCUGGACACAGACUGGUCAGCUGUAAGAAAAAACUCAGAGUCCACUGCUGCCACCAUGAAACUAGAACCCCAUGGACUCAGCUCAGAGAGCCAAGGCUUCAUUGAGGAUGCCAUUGAGUAUCUCAAGAACAGUCUGAGCCAGGAGGAGCUGCAACUCCUGCUGGCUGAAGACCAAGCCUGGGAGAGAUUCCUGAUCGAGGCGGACUUGUCCAGGGAUGAGGCAGAUGCACUAUAUGAAGCUCUGAACAAGCUCAGAAUAGACAAAGCCACAGAAGACAAAGACAUGCUUCAAAAAGAACAGCAGGAUAGAGACAGGUUUUUGGACAAGUUUCCUCAAGUGAAAAUGGAGCUUGAGUCACGUAUAAGACAGCUUCACGCCCUUGCAGACAAGGUUGACAAGAUACACAGAGACUGCACCAUCUCCCAUGUGGUGGCAAAUUCCACCGGCAUCAUCUCUGGCAUCCUGACCUUCCUUGGCUUCGGCCUGGCACCCAUAACAGCAGGGGUCAGUCUGGCACUCUCAGCAACUGGGAUGGGGCUUGGAACAGCGGCUGCUAUCACCAGUGUUUCCACCAGCAUCGUGGACUACUCAAACAGUUUCUCAGCAAAAGCCAAAGCAAGGGAACUGGUGGCAACUGGCGAUUGUGCAGAUCUUGUGAAAGGUAUGCUACCACCAUUUGUUUCCAUCACGAAGCAUUGCGUCGAAGUACUGCCAAACAUUGGGAAGACUGUCCGUGCCAUCAAGCGAGCCAAAGCCAACCCUCGCCUAGUAGCCAGUGCCAGACGUCUAAUGACCACUGGGAAUAUCUCGAUCCGGAGGAGUAAGCAGGUGCAGAAAGCCUUUGGAGGCACCACUCUGGCAAUGACCAAAGGAGCCCGGGUCAUGGGUAUGGCCACCACAGGUGUCUCCCUUCUGAUGGAUGUGGUCAGCCUUGUGCAAGAGUCAAAGCACUUACACGAGGGGGUGAAGACGGAGUCAGCCGAAGAGCUGAGGAAGCAGGCUCGGGAUCUGGAGAGGAAGUUAGAAGAGCUCACCCAGAUCCAUAAGAAUCUGCAGUAGGGACUGACUCAGUGCACCCUUAACAGUGCUGGGAGCAGGGGAGGCUGUCACCAGUGUGCAAGCAUUUUGUUCAAGGGAAAAAGAGGGAGAGAUUUUUUACACAACUGAGUGUUAAGGAAUUUGGCCUUUCUGUAGCUGAGUACAGCAAGGGAAGUGUUAAUGCAGAUGGAAAGUAGGUUCAAGACAAGGCAGGAAAUGGAGCCAUGGAGGCUGAAUGAAGCCCCAAAAUUAUUGCCCUGAAAUAAUCUUUAAACCUCAAACCAAAAAAUAUUCCCUCAAGUCUUCUUAAAACCACACAAUAGUUUAGCUUAACUAGUAAAGGUUGUCUGCCUUAAGCAUUGUGCUCUUUUAAGAUCUAUGUAUAUGGGAUCAAAUAGAUAACAGUAACUCAAAAGAUUAGACAGGAACCUUAGGGGGCAGUGAGUCUAUGCCAGUGGGGGAGGAACAACUCGGAAAAGGAAGGCGAGAAUGGUUGCACAACUUGAAGAAUGUAAUCAAUGCCACCAAAUUCUACAUGUAGAAAUUGUUGGAUUGGUGUAUAUUUUGCUGGGUAUAUUCUCAACAACAACAAAAAUAAUAAUAAUAAAAAAGAGAAGGCGUGUAAGCUGUGGCAAAAAUAAGAGAGGAGAGGGGACUAUAGAGUGAGAGGAAUGGUAAGAAAAAGUUUAUUUUGUACUAAAAGAGACAUCGGGAGCAUGAGUGGAGAGGGAGACAUGAGGGAACAAGCAAUGAGAAAACUAAAGAGUUGGAAAUGGGAGAAAGCCAGAGUUAGAAUUGUUGGAAUAUAGAGAGGUAGUGUGGCUCCAUUAUUGACCCUCCCCAUGGUUUGAUGUCCUAGCAAGAGUGAAGACUUUCCCAGGUGGUGGUCUCUAGCCCUAUCUUUCCAGUAUCUACUCACACUUGUCUUUCUGGGGGUUUAUCUCAGUCAGGCAGUGACUUCUUGAUCAUGAUGAUAAUGAUGAUGGUGAUGGUGGUGGUGACAACAGAGUGAGUGGAGCAUUUGUCAAGUCACGAACACUUUUUGGGGCAAGAAUGCCCUGAAGAACCAAUGAAGUUCCAAAGAAACUCCAAAUGCUAUGUUGGGACAAUGGUUGUUUUUAAAAAAAAGUGUGAACAUAGAUGACAGGAGCAUUCCAAGGAACCUUGUGGUAUGUCAUGUAGAACAGCCAGCUUGGAAUGAAGAUACACAAUCUCUCUAAGCCUCAAUUUCCUCAUCAGUUGUGAGGAGGAGGUUUGGAGAAGACACGAUUUCAGAUCCUUCUGGCUCUCCCCAUCUUGGCUUCUAUAGACUUUGGUUCAAUAAAUAUUGGCAAAUGUGCUGA